UCUCAGCAAGUCGCAGUCUGUAUAAACGAAGUUGACAUCCUUUCAUCAUCGUCCCGAUCCAUGCCCAUCUCUCCUUCUUCUUUCAUUGCACCCUCUAUAUCUCAAAUUGAAGAUAUUUUCUGUUCACAAACCUCACGAGUUCCUCUUCUCGUAGUACAACCGAGCCUGUUGUUCUCCUCCCCUUCCUAAUCCGCAUGAGCCGCAGGUAGAAGAGAUGGUACAAGAGCUUCGUUUUGAUAACCAGACCGUCGUCGUCACUGGCGCUGGCGGUGGUCUGGGAAAGGCAUACGCACUAUUCUUUGCGUCCAGAGGUGCCAAUGUCGUGGUAAACGACUUGGGUGGCUCUUUCAAGGGUGAAGGUGCUGGCACAAAGGCUGCAGAUGUAGUAGUCGAUGAGAUCAAAAAGGCUGGCGGCAAAGCCGUCGGCAACUACGACAGCGUCGAGAAUGGCGACAAAAUCGUUCAGACUGCCAUCGACAACUUUGGCCGAAUCGAUAUCCUCAUUAACAAUGCCGGCAUCCUGCGAGAUAUCAGCUUCAAGAACAUGAAGGAUUCUGACUGGGAUCUCAUCAAUGCUGUCCAUGUCAAGGGUGCGUAUAAGUGCGCAAGAGCCGCCUGGCCACAUUUCCGAAAACAAAAAUACGGCAGAGUCAUCAACACUGCUUCGGCAGCAGGUCUCUUCGGCAGCUUUGGUCAAUGCAACUAUUCUGCUGCCAAACUCGCCCAGGUCGGCUUCACCGAGACUCUGGCCAAGGAGGGACAGAAAUACAACAUUCUUGCUAAUGUCAUUGCCCCUAUUGCCGCCAGCCGCAUGACCGAAACAGUCAUGCCUCCCGAUGUUCUGGCCAACCUCAAACCUGAUUGGAUUGUCCCCCUAGUGGCAACGCUGGUCCAUUCCUCAAACACAACCGAGACUGGUGGUAUCUUCGAAGUUGGAGGUGGUCACAUGGCCAAGCUGCGGUGGGAACGUGCCAAAGGUCUGCUUUUGAAGGCUGACUCAACCUACACUCCUGGCGCAAUAUUGAAAGGUUGGGCCGCCGUGAACGAUUUCUCCGAGCCCGAGCACGCCAGUGGUGUUGCAGAUAUGGUCUCCAAAUUGGAGGAUUCGUUAAAAAUGGGAAGCAAUGACCUUGGCGAAGAGAUCAGAUUCGACGGCAAAGUUGCGCUGGUUACUGGUGGCGGUGCUGGUCUGGGUCGAGCUUACUGUUUGGCCUUUGCCAAACUCGGCGCUUCCGUUGUCGUCAAUGACCUUGUGAACCCCGACACAGUCGUCCAAGAAAUUCAGAAACUUGGUGGAAAGGCUGUUGGCAAUAAGGCUGAUGUCAAUGAUGGUGACGCAGUUGUCAAGACUGCCAUUGACACCUUCGGCAGAGUUGAUAUCUUGAUUAACAACGCUGGAAUUCUCCGAGACAAGGCCUUCGGCAAUAUGAGUGACGAACAGUGGGAACAGGUCAUCAAAGUCCAUCUACGUGGUACCUACAAAGUCAGCAAAGCAGCUUAUCCUUACAUGGUGAAGCAAAAGUACGGUCGCAUCGUGAACACCACGAGUACCAGUGGUAUCUAUGGCAACUUUGGACAGGCCAACUAUGCAGCAGCUAAAUGUGGUAUUCUCGGCUUCUCUCGAUCUCUUGCUCUUGAGGGACGGAAGAAUAACAUUUUCGUCAACACCAUUGCACCGAACGCUGGUACCGCAAUGACCAAAUCAAUCCUGCCCGAGGAGUUGGUGCAAGCCUUCAAACCCGACUACGUCGCUCCUCUUGUGCUCCUGCUGUGCUCUGAUAAGGUUCCAGAUCCACCGACAGGUCUUCUCUUCGAGGUCGGCAGUGGUUGGCAAGCCCGUACAAGGUGGCAGCGGUCUGGCGGCGUUGGCUUCCCAGUCGACGUUCCACUGACUCCCGAGCUUGUCGUUGAGAAGUGGUCAAAGGUUGUUGACUUUAACGAUGGCCGUUGCGACUACCCAGAAACCCCUCAAGAUGCCCUCAAGUCAAUCAUGGCAAACAUGGAGAACAAGAGCAGUAAAGGCUCCGAGUCAAGCUCUGAGAAGACAGACUUCCUUGCCGCGAUUGAGAAAACUAAGCAGGCCAAGGCUGAUGGGACCGAGUACAACUACGAAGAUCGCGACGUCAUCCUGUACAACCUCUCGGUUGGCGCGAAGAGAACGCAGUUGCCUCUUGUUUUCGAAAACGACGACAACUUCCAGGUCUUGCCGACGUUCGGUGUCAUUCCACCUUUCAAUGCAGUGCCUCCCUUCUCCCUGGACGAGCUUGUACCCAACUUUUCACCCAUGAUGCUGCUCCAUGGCGAGCAGUAUCUGGAGAUCAGGAAAUUCCCUAUCCCAACUGCAGCAAAGACAUUGUCAUAUCCUAAAUUGGUCGAGGUAGUAGACAAGGGCAAUGCCGGCAUUGUCGUCACAGGCGUUGUCACAAAGGAUGCGAAGACUGGAGAGGAUCUCUUCUACAAUGAGUCUACCGUGUUCAUUCGUGGCGCUGGGGGCUUCGGAGGUCCGAAGAAGGGCGCCAACCGUGGUAAUGCCACCACGGUAUACCAACCACCUAAGCGUGCUCCAGAUGCCGUUGUCGAGGAGCAAACCACAGACGACCAGGCAGCCCUCUACAGACUAAACGGCGAUCGAAACCCUCUACAUAUUGAUCCGGAAUUCAGCAAGGUCGGUGGUUUCAAGGAUCCCAUUUUGCACGGUCUGUGCUUCUUUGGCUUCAGUGGCAAGCACGUCGUGCAGACCUUUGGCUUGAUCAAGAACAUCAAGGUCCGCUUCGCCGGCACCGUGAUUCCAGGCCAGACUCUGGUGACCGAGAUGUGGAAAGAAGGCAACAAGGUCAUCUUCCAGACCAAGGUCAAGGAGACUGGCAAAUUGUGCAUCGCUGGUGCUGGUGCUGAACUGCAGGGAUCUGCAAAGCCAAAAUUGUAAAUCUAGCAAGAGAUAUGGUCGGUCGAUUAGAAUAGCUUGAACGUUUUGGAACCCGAUCAUUUUAAAAAUGGGCUAUUUUGUGUAGUUGUUUUUGUUCAUCAGCUACUACGACAGAGUGGA